AGGAGGAGGAGGGAGGGAGGGAGGCAACGGAGACUCCCGGAGCAAGGCGAGUCCGGAGGAGCGAGCGGGUCCCGCGACCCCGGGAGCUGUCCCCGUCUCCGUUUGGGGGGGGGGGGGACGGGACACGAGGGGGGACAUGAGCCAGGUGGAGCGCAGCCCGGCACGGCCAUGACGAGCGUCAGGGUGGUCGUCAGGGUGAGGCCUCGCAGCAAGAAGGAGGUGCAGUGCACAGAGGAGGUGAUCGUGGACGUGAAAGAGAACGUGCUGUCCAUCAGAAAUGUCAAGACUUCCCGGUGGAGCGCCGUCGGCAAUGGUGGGGGCCGAGACCUCGUCACGGAGUUCCCCUUCGACCGCUGCUUCUGGUCCGUGGAACCGGCGGCGCCGGACUUCGCCUCCCAGCACACGAUGUUCCAGGAGCUGGGCCUGCCGGUGGUGGAGGCCGCCGUGACUGGCUACAACGCCAGCCUCUUUGCCUAUGGGCAGACGGGCUCCGGGAAGACCUACACCAUGAUGGGAACACCGGAGUCGCUGGGCCUGAUUCCGCGCAUUUGCGAGGGCCUCUUCACUCGCAUCGAGCGCGACACCAGAGCCACAACCACCUACAAAGUGGAAGUGAGCUUCGUGGAGAUCUACAACGAGGCCGUGCGCGACCUGCUCAAGCGGCCGACGCGGCGGAGAGCGGGGUCGAACCUGCGCGUUCGCGAGCACCCCGAGCGAGGGCCCUACGUGCAGGGUCUCUCGCGUCACCUCGUGUCCUCCUACGACCCCGUGGCCAAACUCAUCGGCGACGGCAACGCCAACAGGAUGAUCGCGAGCACCCACGUGCACGAAGCCAGCAGCCGCUCCCACGCCAUCUUCACCCUCCACUUCACCCAGGCCAGCUUGCACAACAACCUGCCUUCAGAGAUCGUCAGCAAGAUCAACCUCAUUGACCUGGCGGGAAGCGAGAGAGCGGACCCCAACUACAACAAGGACCGCAUCACCGAGGGCAGCAACAUCAACCGCUCGCUGGUCACCCUGGGCAGCGUCAUCUCUGCCCUGGCGGAGAAUGCAGCUUUGGGUGGCGGCUCCGGCGUCGGCGCCGGCGCCGGAGGCGACGCGUGGGGGACGGCGCUGAGCGAGCCGGAGUCGGGCAAGCUGAGGGGGCCGUCCGCCGGUGGGGGGCGAUCCAGGACGGGGGGCCCCGCGCGGAGGGGGGGCCGCCUGUGCCACGUGCCCUACCGGGACUCGGUGCUCACGCGACUGCUCAAGGACAGCCUCGGCGGGAACUCGCGCACCGUCAUGAUCGCCACUGUGUCCCCGGCGUGCAGCUCGUACGGGGAGACGAUGAGCGUCCUGCGCUACGCAGCGCGCGCCAAGAACAUCGUCAACCGACCCAAGAUCAACGAGGAUCCCAACGUGCGGAUCAUCCGCGAGCUCCGACAGGAGGUGGACCGGCUCAAGGCCAUGCUGCUGAGUGUGGAACCGAGGGACCUGGCGCCGUUGCUGAGCGAGGGAGAGCGCGACAGCAACCUGGCCGAGAUGCUGCACGAGAACGAGAUGAAGGUGGAGCGGCUGACGCGCGACUGGUCGGACGGCUGGCGCGACACGCGGGCCCUGCUUGAGGAGCACACGCUGGGGAUCAACCGCCUGCGUGCCGGCGUGGAGGUGGCGUCCCAGCUCCCGCACCUCCUCUCCACGGACGGGGACGUGCUGAGCACGGGCGUCACCAUCAACCGUCUGCGGGAGGGAAGGACAACGAUCGGGAGGAGCGAUGCGCCCACCGAGCAAGACAUUGUGCUGUGCGGGCCCUGGAUGGAGAGGGAGCACUGUGUGAUCGAGAACACGGCCGGCGAAGUCACGCUGCUCCCCAUGGCUGGCGCCACGUGCUGCGUCAACGGACGCGACAUCUCCCAGCCCUGCCGCCUUCACCAGGGCUCCGUGAUCCUGCUGGGCAGGACCCACAUGUUCCGCUUCAAUCACCCGGCGCAAGCGGCCAAGCUGCGGCAGCGACGCAGCGUGGGAGAGUUCCCGCAAGGCAGCUGGCUCUCGCUCAUCAGCUCGGGCUCUGGAGACACCUGGGACGGGUGGCCGGGUAGCCCCGCUUCAGACUCCAACUUGUCUUCCCCCAGCCUCAUCGCCAGCGCGGGGGCCGAGAGGGGAGGAGGAGGAGGAGGCGGAGGAGGAGAGCGUGGGCCGGUGUGCGCGCGGAGCGGAGAGGAGGGCGGGGAAGAGGAGGAGCGGCCGGAGCAGCGAGCGCUGAACGGCGGUGGCAGGCGUAGACUUCCAGCAGAGACUUCCGGCAACGAGCAAGGCCCGGACCGGAGCCGGAAUCCGGAUCGAACGGCCGCACAGGAUCGCUCGCGCACGGAUCGUAGUCUCUCCCGGGAGCAGUUAAAGCCGGCGUGCCAUGCCGCCCGCAUGCAGCAGCAGCAGCAGCAGGAGACGUCGGGUUCGGCGGCAGGGCUGGCGGAGGGGUUGGUGGGCGCGGUGGGGAUGGAGGAGGAGGAAGAGGUGGCGGCCCUGCGCGCGUACGAGCAGGAGGUGGCUCGCCAGCGGCGGCUGCUGGAGCGCCUGCGCCGCGAGAGCGAGGAGGCCGGACGCCGCGCCGCACGCCAGCUCCGCAUCGACGAGGAGCUGCUCCACACGCAGCUGCGCGAGAGCCAGCGCUGCAUGGAGGAUGAGUCGCAUCACCUGCAGCAGCUUGGGUCGCCGGACCGGCGCGAGUCGGCCAUCCAGACGGAGCCGCUCACCGACCCGGCCGAGGCCUCCGUGCGGGCCGGGGCGGGCACGGGCGGCCACGGGCGACGCGUGGCGACGACGGCGGGAGCGGCAGCGACGACGGGAGCGUGCGGCGUCACGGCCGCGUGGACCGGGCCAGCGCCGUACGGGGGGCAGCGGCUCGCAGAGGGCGGCGACGAAUCGACAGAGCAUACAACGGCCGGUCAGGGUGAGACGGACAAUGCUUGCACCGACUUCGGCUCAGCCACGACGGAGAUUCCUGACGAGGACACCGACACCGCGAUGGGGACAAACGCGGCCGACCGCUCUCGAGCUUGCGGCGACAGCGUCGCCCCUCCAGCCCUUGGAGGCGGUGUCGUGGCGGCGGCGGCAGCGGCGGCCGCUCGGCCUUUGGCUUCGUUCCAUGGAGAAUGCCGGAUGGUUCGCGAGGGGACCGCGCGCGACGAGCGAGAAGCAGCGACCGGUCGCGGCGGCGGCGGCAUCGCGGCGACGGCCGAGCGGGCCGUUGGGCUGGCGGACAGCGAUGAGGCGCGCGAGCCGGAUCUGAUGGCGCGGGUGGACGGGGAGGCCCGGCCUGCCGCCGUCUGUGCCACUGUCAGCGCCCGCACGUCGCCGCUAGCCCCGCCGGACAAGGAGCGGCAGAGGAUGGUGCACCUGGAGCUGCUGCAGCUCGACUCGGCGCAGUGCGUCAAGAGGACCAUUGCUCACAGACGGGUGCAGUACCGGCUGGACCGCCUGGCCGAGCGCCAGCACAUCCUGGAGGAGGAGAAGAAGCUGCGGCGGCUGGAGGCGGCGGGGCGGCUCGCGCGCAACCGCUUGGCCCGCGCCGCCCGCAGAGGCUCCCCAUGCCGCCCCUCGGGGCCCGCUGGUGCCUCCAAGGGCACGCGGGGUGCUGGCCGCGCGGCCGAAGUGACAGCCCGGCUGUAUCCGCACAACUCGCCGCUGCACAGCUAUCUGAAGAGGAAGUUGCCUCCGGAUGCAGCACGCCCGAGCCCGCACUUCAUGACUCUCCCGCGAAAAGCUCGCUCCGAGGAAUUCCUCCCGAGAGCGGUGUCGCCCAUUCGCGGCCCCAAGGGAAGGCCAGAUUCACGGGUGGCGAAGUCCUGGUCUGGCGGACAGGAGCACAGCUUGAAGGAUCGCGGCGAGAGAGAGGCGGAGGCGCCGGCCGACGGCGUGCCAAAGAGCCCGUGCGAAGCACUGGGCAGGGCGCCACUCGUGCCGACGGUCAAUCCCAAAAUGAGGCCCAUGAAGGGCUCGAUGAAACCCAGCGAGCAAAGGGCCGUGCAGCCACUUAGGGCCGGUGGCUUGGGGAAAGCCCCCGAGCCGAGCAAAGAUGACCUUGCGGAGCAGAAGCCGCAAGGGAAGAAGAAGGGGGAUUCGCGCAAGCUGCUGCCGGGCGAGCGCAGGGGCGGCGACGGGAAGGCCUCCGCGGGGCCGUCCUUGCACAGGAAGCCUCCAUCGGGGAGAAGUGGCCGACCGGUGGGGGUGUCGCCCGCCAGGCCGCCGCGUCCGUUUUCACAGAGCGUGGACAGACUGUGGGACGGCGGGUGUCGCGGCGAGUCCCGUGGCCCGGCCGCCCGCGCCGACGCCCUUGUCAAGUUAAGGUCCACGGGAAACCUGGCGGAGCCGAUUGCCUCGUCGCCCCGCCGGGGGGUGAAGGUCGCCGGAUCGCGCGUUAUGGCGGCGGCGGUGUCGCUCACAGAGCUGCGUGACCCGGCGAGGAGCGAGCGGCUCAUGGAGCCGGCGCGCGCGCUCACCGGCACAGCACGACUGUGCGCGCUCAAGGCGGCCAUCUCCCUGGUGGAGCUGUCAAGUCUCCGCGACGCCCAUGUUUCCCAAGAAGACCUUCGCCCUGUCGAGGAUCUGGCACCGAGGCCGAGGCGGUGGCAGAGCGCCGAUCCGCUGGAGAGCGACGUCCGAUCGUCGGUCCUUCUGGAGGACGAGGAGGCACCUGACGACGGCACGGACGACGACAAUGACGACGACGACGAAUGUGAUUUCUCCGACGACAGCCUCAACUCGGUGGACUCGCUGUCCUCGGCCUACUUGAGGGUGCUCGAGGAGCGGCUGCAUGAAGAGGAGAGCGCCCUGUGCGCGGCAGAGCGCCACUCGUGGUCGUGCGACAGAGGCAGCGACAGUGAAGGGCCAUUGUCGCCGGAUUCGCUGCGCCAUUCGAGCCGGGCGGUGCUGCCACCCCAGAUGCGGGAGGGGCCGCGGGUGCGCACCUCAUCCCUUCCAGACUGCUUCACGGAGCUGGUCGAUUUUGAAGUCCCUCACUCGCCGUACGCCCCUCUGACUGGGGAUGGUGCUGACGGACAGCACGGAGAUGUGCCCACAGAGUUUUACUGGACGCCGAAGCCGACGGAAGGACAAACGCCUCCAUCCAGCUUGCUUGGUGACCGCGAGCACAAUGCCGAGGUCGCUGAUCGAGCCGCUCCAAGUCCCUCCUUGCCGGCUUUAGCGGCACAGCAACAUCUCCAUGGCCAUGCCGAUGCGGGUGUGAAGGAACGAGAGGAUGGCUCUUCACGUGCGAAAUCUGAAAUUGUUCGACAGCUGCCUGCAGAUGCUGCGGAGUCGGAAAUAAUUGAGCCGUCCCCUUCAAUGCUUUACGGGCAGACUGACGGCAGCUCUCGUGAAGGUGUAGUGGCCGUAGGCUCUGAGGCCAGUCUCUCUGAGCCAGUUUCAGCAGAGGACAUUUCAGUUGCCGUAGAUGCCAUAGACGAUGCAGAUGUCGACGCCGACCGACCACGUGUAAUGGUUGAGGUCCAUGACCACCAAAGACCUAUUGCCGAGUCAUCUGAGACCAUUUCGUUAGACUUACUUGAAACCAGCAUGCCUCAAUCAGACCCACCUAAAGGAAGUGACGCUUGUCGUUCUGCUCGAGCAGGGAGUGGCGCGCUUCUAGGAGGUGGCACAGGAAGUUGUGAAAGUUCAAAAGACAGCCUUCAAGGAGAAAUUCCACUUGGCUUUGAAGAAUACAACGCAGGUGCCCGACGAGCCACGUCAUCGCCAGGGCGCGCAGAACAAGGUGUGAUUGAGAAUGACAAAUCUGCUGAGUGUGUUGCUUCAGGUGGUGGCGAUGCUGCAACAGGAGGAGUUAACGUCACUGUACAGGAAGCAGAUGUUCACGAGCCUGGGCCUAGGUUGGGCGAUCAGCGUUUGAAUGCGGACUCUCCUGAAGCCGCCGUGCCUCCCGCAAAUCAACCAAGCGUACUCGCAGACGAAGGGGCAUCAAAUAACCCGCUGCCUUCAGAUGAGACGGCACAAGGAGGUGACGACUCAGCUGUGGCCGUGAGAGGAGAGGUGAGACCAGGCCAGAAAGAAGUUGACAGCACAGCCCAGCCAAGCGCAGACUUGGAUGUUCCCCACCACAACGUAUCUCCCAAAGAAUCAAGUGAAACUGACUCGUCUCCUGCAACUUCGCAACAAACAAUCGAUUUGGGGUCUGCUGAAGUGGCGUGUUUUGUACUCUCGGAAACUAUAGCUGAGGCUGAUAGUCCAAGACCGGAAUCGGCAGUUGUUGUGGAGGUGAUAGAAGAGUCGACUGCAAUGGCGAAAAGUGAAGAAGGGGAAGAGGGGACGGUGAAUUAUCAGCAUCUGGUUUCAGAAGUGAGUCUUCCACAGCAGUGUAAGUCUGAUGGAGGUGAAAACGCUGGGCUGGCAGUAAAAGAAACGGAUACUGCUGUUACCCACUCGGUGGCAGAAGUAGAGAUUGCUCAACAGGAGGAGGCUGGUGAGAAAGCUCACGGAGACUUAAAGUGUUCACCUGAGUUGAGUAAUCUCACAGAUUCAGGAGACGUCGGUCCAGACCAUCCGAGUGAAUCGCGAACGUGCGUGCCUUCGCCUGGAAGCAAAUCUGUGUUUUGCGUGGAUCCUGAGCAAAAUGUUACACCUCGAGGAGACGUGACAGAUGUCCAGGUGGCAGACUCUGACCUCGGAGGUGUUUCCCCAACUUAUAGCAUAAGAUCUGUUGACAACCCUUCACAGGCCGAGAGCAAUUUAAAUUCUCAGGAGCUUUCCGAAAGCAGAGCACCACUCUCCACUGAAAUCGAAAGUGAAUUAAUCAAGCUCAGCGAAGAAGAUGGAGGGUUUAUAAGCAGUUCAAAUGUGACCGUAGACCAAGAGCUAUCGUUGUCUGGCAAGGAAUGUGUUACGAAUAGUUACCAGGGUGUAGAUGAGGAUGUUGCCAUGCAAGAAACUGUCCGAGACAAUUUAAACGUUCUGCCCAACAGUCCUGUAGGAAUUAGUGAAGGGCAGUGUGGCAUGCAGCGUGAUGAGAUGAGUAAUACUCAUUACGAUGCAGAGAGAAGCAUGCACGUGGAAAUCGCUAACCCUGAGGUUGAGGAAGCAGUUUUGGACAAUAAAUCAAUUGCGGUCGGCAGUGAAUUUAAAGAGGUUACUGCUCUGCGCAGUCUGCCUGAGCUCCACGAUGAGACUUCGAAUGUGUCAUCAGAUAAAGCGGACACCACGGAAAGCAGCAUCAGUGACACACGAGCUGCAGGGAGUUUUGAUCUGCCAGCGUUGGAAGCAGAGGAUGUUCAGAACAACCGAAGAUUUGCUCUUGAUUCAGGUGUCCCACAAUUUCAGUCAAGAUCUCCUGAGAUUGUCUCUGCCCGCGUUAACACAACACGAACCAUUGACUCUGACGUCUCAGAAAUUGGACACAAUGUUCCCUUAGAAAGGGCAAUGGGUGGCUUAGAAGACCCAGCAGCAGCGGUUCCAUCGGAGGAAAUUUCUGUUGGUGGCACCAUUACAACAGAGCCAUCAUGUGACAUCACACAUGAGAAGACAGCAGAGGAUCUUCACGGUGUCCUACCAUCAGGACUUGAUUUGAGUUCCCAAGAACAUCACGAGAGCAGCGAUGCUGCAGUGCAGACAUCCCGUACAGCAGCACCUCAAGCAAAUGAAUCUGAUCCUGGUGAAUGCAGCCACGCCAUACCUUCAGAGCUGAACGCCGAUGAUUAUAAAGACACAGACACUUUUCAAUCUCGGAAAUCUCUCGUUGAAACUACUGCAGUAGUAGUAGAGGGACCUAAAGUGACAGAGGAGGGGUUUGACAAUGUUUUGGGUGGCGUCUCAGGAAUGAUUAAUGUCGUGCGUCAUGCUGCACUUUCGGAAAAGUCGAUGGAAGAUGGAGAAGACUCAGAAGCAGUUUCAUCGGUGGCAACGAUCAAUAGUGAUGCCAUAUCAGAGGAUGAAUUGCACGACACCACUUUACACAUGGGGAUCGAUGUGAGUUGCCAAGGACAAAAAGAAAGUUGCAUUGGCGUACACACACCCGACGAUAGAGACACAUACACACCCUUAUCUCGAGAAAUUCUCAUUGAGGCCGCUGCAGUAGAGGAAGCUAAAGUGGCAAAGGGGGAGGUUGGCGAUGCUUCGGGUGGCGUCUCAGGGAUGAUUCGUCUGGAGGAUCAAGGAACUCUGAAAGAUGAUCACGGCAGCAGGCUGGCGUCAACAGAGGAUGUUACAGAUGCCACUGGUGCGGGAGCACGAGAUCUCGAAAAUAAGCCAAUGUCUCUGCCACAAACUCUUUACAUCUACACGUGCCGUGAGAGUGAAUUCCAGCUACUUGAACAUGGCGAUUCGCAAGACUCGUCUCUUAAAUCUGAGACGAGGGUUGUGCAUGAUGAGGCCCCAAUCGACACUGGUGCAACGGAACAAGAAACCAAAGCAACAGCUGAGCAAGUGAUCGCGUGUGUUUUGGGUAUUGGCGAGGAAUCAGCUAUAUUGCGACGAAUUGAAGCCAACGGAGGUGAACUCCCGGCAUCAGAUCCAGCAGGUGAAGUGCUCGUCCUUGCCCAUAUGGUAACGGAAGCGGACGUUUCCCACCAGAAGGCGAAGGGAGAAUUUAACUCGGGACAGAGGUCGGGUCUCAAAUCGACAAACGCCUCAUUGUCGACGGAAUUCGUCAGUUCAUGUCACGCAGAUAACUCGCAGAUUCGCGAGCUUGUUUCCUUGCCAGUAGGCCACGUGUCACCUUUAGAAUGCGCGACGGAAGAUGGAGAGGAAAUAAAUGAUACUGUACAAGAGGAACCACCAACUGAGUCGGCUUCAGUAAAACACGCUCAUGAACCGGCAGAUGAGGAGGGCGUAUGUGACACUGGCACAGUGAUGGUUCAUUCAGAACAUCACGUAGAGCACCGAAGCGAUGAGGAUUCUGGAAUGGUGUUAAUGGAAGACCCUGUUCUUGGGAGCAACAUGAUAGCACAAACAGAUGACGAUGCGCAACUUGAAACAGUCAAACAAAGUCUUGACCUUGACACAGGCAGUCCCGAACUUCUGGAAGAGCCCCUUGGAAUUUGGCCGACAUCUCAAUCAGAUGGAUCUCAACUGCUUGCAGUUGCUACUUCUGAAGAAAUCCCUUCUCUGUCUUUAGCAGCCACGGCAGAAGCUUUAAAAGAAAAUGACGCUUCAAAAGAAGAUGUCAUGGCUACCACGGUAGGUGUAGCAGAAGUAAGUGAGAUAUCAGACACGGAGGUGGUAAUAGCAGAUGUAGACGUGGACACAGUAACGACACGUUCAGAACAUCUCACUGCUGAUAAAGAUGAAGAUGCUGGCGCGGUUCCGACAGAGGAUGACAUUCCUGCUAAUGGUGCAUUUUCAGAAUCAGACAGUAUUCCUCAACAUGAGGCAUCCGAAGGAUUUCACAACUACCAGAACCAAGAUCGUGAGCCAAUUUCAUCACCGGCAGGGUGUGUAUCAUUUGUAGCAUCUGCAACAGAAGAUGAAAAGAAAAUAGAAGAGGAACCACCAAUUGAUGCUGUCUCAGUGAAACAUGCUCACAAAUCAACUGACAAGGAGAAGAUAUUUAAUACUGCUGUAGAAACAGUAUAUUCAGAAGAACACGCAGAACACCGUAGCGAUGAUGAUUCUGGGACGGUCUUAACGGAAGACCAUGUUGUUGGUAGCAACGUGAUAAUAAAAAUAGACGACACCACGCAACUUGGGACAACAGAAGACACCAAUUUCAACCAAAGCACUGGCCUUGACACAGAUAGCCUCCAACUUCUGGAAGAGUCCCAUGGAAUUUGCCCGACAUCUCAAUCAGAUGACUCUCAACUGCUUGCAGCUGCUACUUCCGAGGAAACAUAUUUGCUGUCUUUAGCAGCCACGAAAGAAGCUUUGAAAGAAAACACCGCUUCAAAAGAUGAAGUCACGGCUACCACCAUAGGUGUAGCAGAAGCAAGUGAGACAUUAAAGAUGGAGGUGGCAACAGCUGAUAUAGACGUGGACACAGAAACGAUGCAUUCAAAACAUCUCACCGCUGAUAAAGAUGAAGACACUGGGAUGGUUCAGACAGAGGAUGACAUUCCUGCUCAUGGUGUACUUUCAAAAUCAGACAGUAUUCCUCAACAUGAGACAUCUGUAGGACUUGAUAACUACCAGAACGAAGAUCGUGAGCUAUUUUUUUCACCAGUAGGGCGUGUGUCAUUUGUAUCAUUUGUAGAUUCUGCAGCAGAAGAUGAAGAGAUUAUGAAAGAGGAAUCAGCAACUGAUUUUGUCUCAGUGAAGCACAUUCAUGAAUCAGCAGACGAGGAGAAAACAUAUAAUACUGCCGUGGAAGCAGUAUAUUCAGAACAACACGCAGAACACCAUGGCGAUGAGGAUUCUCGAAUAGUGUUCACGGAAGACACUGUUUUAGUUGGGAGAAACGUGAUAACACUAACAGACGAUGCCACACAACUUGGGACAGCGGAAGACACCGAUGUCAAGAAAAGCCUUGGCCUUGACACCGGCAUCCCCCAACUUCAGGAAGAACGUCUUAGAAUUUUUCUGACAUCUCAAUCAGAUGAACCUCAAUCAGAUGAACCUCAACUGCUUGCAGUUGCUCCUUAUGAAAAAGCGGUUUCUGUGUUAUCAGCCAUGGCAGGUAUAGCAGAAGCAAGUGAGACAUCAGACAUUGAGGUGGCAACAGCUGAUGUAGACAUGGACAGCGUAACCACACGUUCAGAACAUCUCACCGCUGAUAAAGAUACAGACACUGGGAUGGUUCAGACAGAGGAUGACUUUUCUGUUCAUGGUACACUUUCAGAAUUCGAAAGUAUUCCUCAACGUGAGCCAUCCGAAGGACUUCAUAACUACCAGAACCAACAUCGUGAGAUAAUUUCAUCACCGCCAGGAUGUGUGUCAUUUGUAGCAGCUGUAACAGAAGAUGAGAUAAUUAAAGAGAAACCACCAAUUGAUGCUGUUUCAGUGAAACCUGCUCACGAAUUAGCUGACAAGGAGAAGAUAUUUAAUACUGCUGUGGAAACAGUAUAUUCAGAACAACAUGCGGAACACCAUAGCGAUGAGGAUUCUGCGACCGUGUUAAUGGAAGACCAUGUUAGGAGCAACGUGAUAACACAAAGAGAUGAUGCCACGCAACUUGGGACAGCAGAAGACACCGAUUUCAACCAACGCCUUGGCCUUGACACAGGCAGCCCCCAACUUCAGAUAGAGUCCUUUGGAAUAUGCCCAACUUCUCAAUCAGAUGAAUCUCAACUGCUUGCAGCUGCUACUUCUGAGGAAACAUAUUUGCUGUCUUUAGCAGCCACAUCAGAAGUUUUAAAAGAAAACGCUGCUUCAAAAGAAGACUUCACGGCUACCACCAUAGGUGUAUCAGAAGCAAGUGAGAUAUCAGACAUGGAGGUGGCAACAGAUGAUGUAGACGUGGACACAGAAACGACAUGUUCAGAAAAUAUCAUCGCUGAUAAAGAUGAAGAUGCUGGGAUGAUUGUAGCAUCUCCAACAGAAGAUGAAGAUAAUAUUAAAGAGGAACCACCAGUUGAUUCUAUCUCAGUGAAAGAAACUCGCGAAUUAGCUGACGUGGAGAAAACAUUUAAUACUGCUGAACAACGUAGCGAUGACGAUUCUGGAAUGGUGUUAACGGAAGACCCUGAGGCAUCUGAAGGACUUCAGAACUACCAAAACGAUGGUCUUCACUUCGACAACCCACAAUCUCAGACCCACCCUGUUGAAACCUGCCAGCCCCACUGCAGUGAAUCGCCAGCACCAGAUUCUCAUUCGGUGGAAAGAGCAAAGGCUCCAUCAUCGGAAGGUGCAAUGGAGGAUGACGAAAACGCGAAGGCGAUCGUUGGCAUUAGCGUCGAGGUGUUUGGCGAUGGCACAACAGAAACCGGCGACGUGAACAAUCGUGAGACGGCGUGUGGCAAUCGUGGCUACGGUGUAGAGUGCGGCGGGCUACCGCCGCACACAGAUUCUCUUGGGCUUUCUGCGCUGCGUUCAUCGGCGCAUCGAAUGCGAGAUGGCAACGUUGCGCGCAGUCUGACUGAAGACGCCAUCGCUGAAAACGAAGAAGCAGAGCCGCUCGCCGGCGGCGAGGCUCGAGUCGGCUUCACCGUAGAAGAAAAUGUAGCGGCAGACGGUGAGCGAGGCGCGCGCCUGAUACUCGUGUACGCGACCGAGUGUGAGAACCCAGAGGUUAAGGAGUGUGAGCAAAUAGUAAUCCAGCAUGGGACGGCGACGAGAGUGAUGCCCGACCUGGAGGGUGUUUCUUCGCUGCACCACGCAGAAUCUGUCAUUGUCCUGCUUCAGCCCGAGAGCGCUGCGGGUCAUCCGCCUGCUCCUUCUGAAGGCAAAACACAAUCUCUUGGGCUUUCAGUAGCGCUUUCACCAGAAUGCCAAUCAGAAGACCGCGGUGCUGUGCACGGCGUGAGCCCGGAACUUACCGCCGAAGGCAAUGGGGAAGCUGAGCUGCUCGCUCCUGGCGAUGAGAAAGGCCGGGUCAUUUUCACCGCCGUCGCGAAAGAAAAUGCGGGGACGGACGAUGAGUCACACGCACGCUCGGCACUGAUGCUCGCUGCCGAGUGUGAGAACGCGGGGGUUGAAGGGCGUGGGGAAAUAGUGGUCCAGGGUGGGACUGCGAUGAGAGCGACAUCCGACCCGGAGACCGCGUUUGCACGACAGUCUGCAACCCGACCUCAGCCUGAGAUCACAGACAUUUGCUCACCUGCUCCUCCCGACGGCAAAACACAAUCCCCCGUUGAAAUUACGAUCCACAUUGAGCCGCCUGCCUCAUCACGACAGGAAACGGGGAGGCCAGGGAGUUCUUCGGGCUUGACCGUGAAUGCACAGCUACCAUCGCCUCACGAGGACAGUGGAGUCUGCGAUGAGUUCGGUGUGAUCAGUGUGGGGAGCACCGAGAUGCAAAGUGACCAAAGUGGGCACGUGGAUCAUCGGACGGAUGUUGAAGCAAAGGUCGGCAAGAUCUCGCAGUCAUCGAGGAAGGCUCGGUACCACCUUGCUAUCCAUCACAAGCUGGAGACAACGCAGAGCCGUAAGGACAGCGGGUACACCUCCUCUGAAACGCUGCUGGAGAGCCCGGAAUGUGGGCCUCACCGAGCCCUCAUUGGCACCGGCGAACACAAACAUGGGUCAAAAGGCCGAGGCGAGGACGAGGAAUCGAGACAUCUGGACCAAAAACCGUCGCUGCCCGCGGUCGGCCCGGAAGUGUUGUCGCUCGACAGCACCAAACAACCCGAGUGCAGCAUCUACGUUGUCGCGGUUCCGCCCGAGCCUCGUGGCGUUUAUUGCACCCGCUUCGACGAUCCCCGCAAAGGGACGAGCGUGGCGCCAGAGCUGCCACACGUCAUCGCGAGGGGGGUGCUCAAAAAGGCCCCCUCCAUGCACGAGCCGCAGGUGGCCUCCAGCGCAACCGCGGGGGACGGCGUUUGGGAGCGCGGUCUGCAGACGGUGCCGGAGGAGUUCGAGCACACGGUGGACGGCAUAGACGGGGAUGGCGGUGGCGGCUACUAUGACGACGAUGCAGCCAGCCCCCUUUUUUCCCAGUGCUCGUUCGACCUGAACGACGACUGCGCGCUUUCGCUGUCGUCUGCGAGUGACCUCCGGGGCGGACGUCACGCGUUCACCGCGGGGUACGACCUCGCCGGAGAGGUCGACCAUGGACACGGGUUCGCGGCGGUGAGCGGGGACGAGGAAGACACGCCGAGAGGUUCCGAAUACUCGGUGGAUUCCUUUCACACGGCGUCCUCAACGGCGGAGGGUGGCGACGGGGCCAGCGAACGAGAGGAGGAGGCGGAGGCGGCGGGGGGAAGCGAUUUUCUGGACAAGAGACUCUCGCCGGCGAUGACGGCCGCCUUCAAGAAAGCUUUUCAUGCCAUGUUCGGGAUGCAGAGCAUCUCGUUUGACGAUGUCGUCGAAGAAGUAGACGGCGCGAGAGUCGCCGGCGACGCAGUCCUCGCGAGUAAACUGGCCAAAGGGACAAACUCCUCCGGCGAUGAUAAACGACUAAGGCCCGAAGAGGAAGAGGAGGAGGGCUCUUUUGCCAUUGUUGACACGGCGGGCAACGCCGAGUUCUUGGACGAAGGGGUAGAUACGCAGACCAUGAUCGUUGGUGUAGAAACGCAGCACAUUUACUCAGCAGAGAGUGAAAAACGCAUUUCUUCAGAGCACGUCGACCUUAAGCGUGAUAAUUCGAUGGAAGUUAUUGAAUAUCUAUAUGAUGGGGAAGAUGACCUAGAUAGCACCCCCGGAUCAGAAAUUGGAUUUUCCCAUGGUGAAGCAAGGCACCCAUCGGAGAUGGAUCUCCAUGUGGAAUACUGCACUGAUUGUUCUGAGCAAAUUGACACAGAAGCAGCACAAUUUCAUGACGGCGUCAGUGAAGGGCAUGUUGAUAAAUCAAGCUUCUUACUGGACCUCAGCCUGCUCCAACGUCAGGGUAAUAAAGAUGAGAAUGUAUCGGAUGGAACAGAAGAUGAUGUGACCUCGACAUCUUCAGUGCAAGCUCUUAAUUUGUGCGGCCUCAAAGACAACAUUUCCCACGUUCCCAAGCCCCACGAAGUCGCUGGUGGAGAUCUUGACUUGAACCAAAAGCAGAAUUCUGCAGGAGGCGAAAACGUACAUCAUGCAGAUUUCGCCGGCGCAGACGGCCAACGCUACGUCAGCCGUGAAUCCCGUCAGCAGGAAAACGCGGCAAUGAUCGGCACCGCUGAAGCGCGAGGGGCCCAGCGUUUACCAUCGCCAGUCCCGGUGGACGAGCAGGAAGGAGUCCAGUUUUCACGACGAGUCUCAGGCUCCGAGGACCCCGGCGAUAAAAGUCCCGACGCGGGUGGGGAAGUUACACCAGUGGACAACUUGCCGAGCGGCGAAAAUGUUGACGCGCUUUCAAAGAGCCUGCCCUUGUCUCCCGAGGAGAGUGAAGAUAGUUUCAUAAUUUGCGAUGAUGGUGCCGACGGUGAAACAGCGAGUUGCGGGUGUGAAGCGGUCGCAGGAGACCUCUGUUUUCCAUUUGAGAAUGCUGAGGUUCACGUCGACGAAGGGCAGCGGCAGAGAACGGGAAAGCUUGUGGCAGAUUCAGAUCGUCCACCGUCCAGUGAAGCUCAAUCGCGACCAGACGCAGUGCAGCUGGCAGGGAGCACCGAAGCGGUCGGAAGCUUGGCCGGCGCUGUUGAUGAUGCAGAUGGCAGUGGUAGCAGAAACGACACCGCCAUUCCAUCGCAAGGGCCUGCAGGAAGCAACGGCAAGGAUGACGGUGGUCUCACAGAGGGGGAAACGUCUGCUCUGGCGUUCAGCGACGAAACUCAGGGUGGCCGUGCCUCCGAUGGUGUUGCAGUACAGCCGGAUGAAGAGUUUAAUGCUGCUUCCGACAGGGGUCCUGGAUCGGCCUGUGUGUUUACAGAUGGUGGGGUCAAGCCUGCGAGUCCACACCUUUCACCGACGGCAAAACAAGAGCAGUGUCGUACAAUUAACAUUUCUCUAGAGGAAUCAGCCUUGAAGAGGGUGCAGGAGGCCGAUGAUCAAUCCAUCAACACAGCCCGACAGGAGCCUUUUUCAGAUCCCGAAGGAGAGGCUAAUGCUAAUGGGGAAAGGCAGCGAGAGAUGUUGCCCAUCAAAGGAACUCGAGGUGUCUUGAUGGAAUCCAUCAUCACGAGCUCAGAGCGUGCGGAUCAGCAAUGCGCCGACGUGAAGCAAGAGCCGGGGGAAAUUCUGCACGUUCAUCCAAGAGACGAGGGAACAAUUUUGGCACUGAGCGACGGCUCCGCUCGGACACUGGCGGCGGAAUGGAGCUCGGACGUGGCGACAAUCGCCACGCAAGCGCCAUCGUUCGCGAUCACGCCGGCCACGGCCGCACGGUCUCGCGCUGCCGAAGAUCCUGCCGAAGAUGCCGCUGGUGAACAAGAGCACCGAGGCUCCCAGGCCGAAUGGCGGCUCGACAUCAUGGCGGACCCGCGGGACGAGGACUUCGCGUCGUCCUCAGGGGAGCUCACGCCCGCCAAGCGAGAGCAGCUGCGCCACCUACUGGAGCAGGCCAUCGGGCACCACCAGGGGAGGGCCAUCGACCGUGAAGAAAGCCCGGCCCGGAAGGAGGAGGAAGAUGACGAAGGACGCAGCUCCUCCCUUCCCCUCCCACGCCGGACGGGCGGGCGGUUGUCAAGCAGCCGCAGUGUAACGGCCGACUCGUCGAUCGACAUCUUAAGCGACGUCGAGAUGGUCCCUGCUUUGGUUAGCGCGCCGGAAGACAUCGCGGUGAAUGCGGGCGGCGCCAGUCCCACUUCGGCCGUGAGAGCCACCGGCGGCGGUGGCGAGGAUGCGAAUGCGGGCGCUUCGACGGUCGAAGUUGGGGGCCUCUGCCCUGACGGGUGUGUGGCAGGCGGCGACUCGGGCAGCGAGACCAUGCGGAGCUCAGCGGCAAGCCGAAGCGGUGGCCUUCUCUCCACAGAAAGCAGCGAGAACGAUGGAGGGGUGCGGGGGCUGUCGGUAGGAUGUCACCGUCUACCGGACGAUGAUGCUGGCGGCACGGCCUGGCCCGUCAAGCAGGCGAGGCGGCACCGCGCCUCCGAGUCGACGUCGUCCAGUGAGGAGGUCAGGAAGGAGCCGCAAGUCCACAGGAGAAGGCCGUUCUCCGGGCCUCACCACAGGCCCUCCCACGCGGAGUGUUCGCUGGUGGCACGGCCGCGCGCAGAUGCGGUGCUCACGGGCCACGCGGGCCAGGCCGGCGGCAACCGUGAAACCGCCGCGCCCAUCGCUGCGGCUCGCGCGUCAUAUGACAGUGCGAUGGAGCAUCCGAGAUUCGGCAAGAGGCAUCAGGACGAGUCGAAUCCGCCUUCGGUGCUGAAACAGCGACCGAGGUCAGCCGACGCAAAGGGCAAAGGGAAAUUCCAUACCAAGAGCUCCAGACCGAGAUCUGCCGAGGCAUCCAGGUGCUGCAUUCUGCCUGACGGACACGAGGAACGAGCGCUGGGCAUCGGGCAUCCUCUCGACUACCUUCUGUCGGCGUAUCCCCAGGUGUCCGAAGGCUCACCCGUGGGCGGUGAAUGGUUGAAACGGAGGUCGUACUUGUUUUCAGAGAGUGGGGACGAGAUGAUCGUGACGCCAGUGUUUGAGCCGAGACUCCACUCGGUGGUGUCCAGCACCUCGGAAGAAGAAGACGGCAGCACAGAGGCUUUCUGCCAACACGCGCAACCAAAGUUCGGCACGGGGCCAAGGUCCUGUCAAACAGAUGGUACGGCAGAUGUGAGUCUGACAAGCGAGUCACAGGGAGAGAACGGAAACCAGCAGCAGCAGCUUGUUGAAGGCAGUGCCACGCCGAGUCAGACAGCAGGAGAUGGUCACAUGACACAUAGUCAGGCGACUGUACCAGUGAAAGAGCAAUCGCCCGCAGAAGCAACCGGCGGCGCUAACGGCCAAACGGUCGUGGGUGGCGCGGUUUCGAGCGGCGGCGUUGACGAUGCCCAGCGCUCUGCAGGCAACGAUCUCGGUGAGGAAUGCGGCCAGCAAGCCGUGACCUUUGUGCCGAGUGACGUCAACCCAUUCGGCCAGCGGUGGCAGGAGGAGCAGCGCGGAAGGCGCAGCGCCGGUCGCAGGCGCGCGUUGUUCGGCAGCUCCUCGGAGGUCACCGCCGCGGGCCGGGACCUCGGGGAGGGAGCCGUGCAACGCUACCGCAGCUCCAGUGUGGACAACGACCUUAACGGCACGGGCCUGCCCUUUGAUUCUCACCUGAGCUCGUACGCCGUGAACCGGGGUGAGCCGUCAAGCAGUUCGGGGGGCAGCACGAGCUCCGGCUCAGGGGAGGUGUCCCGGGAACUGUUGAAAACCUUCGGGAGCGGUGACGAGGGGAGCUCGGACGGUGCCGCUUCGCGGCCGUGGCUUUGCAGCCCCGACGAGUUGCCCGAAGAUCGUGGCCGCCGCAAGCACAAGUCUCGCUACGGGUUCUAUGACCUCACCGCACCAUCACGGCACGGCGGGUCGUCGACCGACGCGGUGACGCCGGCAGCGGACGCCGGGACCUCGGACUUCGUCGUCACGGUGGAGAGGUGCACGCAGACGAGGAUCGCCGGCGCUGGCGUGACCGACGUCAGACUGGGAGGAUGUCAACACACCGGGCCGUCACCUCUGCCACCUGCUGAACUCCUAGGCCGCCAUCAGUGGAGAAGCCUUCACAAUUUAUCUCUCCACCUGUCACAGCUUCUGAUCAACACCACUCAUCUUCUGGGCAACAUUGGCCUUCAGUCACCCCUGCUCAGCCCGUCCGAGUUAGUGGUGAAUUCUGCUGACUCCUCGUCUCUCCGUCGCCCACCGAGAGCGAGCGACGCUGGCGCGACAACUCACGCGGAUGUCAGUACACAGACGGACAAGUGCACUUCGCUUGGCAGUCAUGGAGAUAGUGGUCGUGGUGGUAGCAGCAGCAGCAUGUAUGUGGGGGACCGGCAGCUGAUACUCGCCGAGACGUCUCAGAACCAAACCUUCAGUGUCAUCAUCAAGGUGACGGGAUCGGACGCGGAAACAGAGCCCCGUGACCCCACGACCUUCAGCGUGCGAGGCCGAGACUGGGUGAGCCGCCCACGAACGCCCGCGAGGGGAGUGGCGGAAAACGUGCCGGUGCCCGACCCCCGCUCAAGGAUGCAUGCAGACGCCAUCGCAACCAAAGUCCUCGUCGACCGCUCCACAUCGCCCAUCUUGGUGGUCAGCGCAAACCAGCGGGGCUGCCCGGUUUCUCGAGAGCGGCAGGGACCAGGGAUCGCCGGGGAGACCGAUGGCUCCGUGGCCGCGCCUGCGGCAGAUCCACGCUGGCAGCAGAGGCAGAGCGAGCCCGACGUGUUGCUCACCGAGCGUGUUUCGUCAGGCCGAGAGCCGAGGCAGUCUUCAUCGCGCGGUAUAUCUGCUUCGCCCAACGACGAGACCGAAUGGGACGCGUUGAGCCACAGCGUCGACGGCAGACCUGCCCGCAGCGCCGGUCGAUGCACGGGCCACGUUUGUCAGCCGGACGCAUUUGAUCUGGAGCGGAAGGAGUCGCCGGUGAUGAGGACGGAAGUCGGAGUAGAAGACGGCGGCGACGGCGGCAACGGCGGGUUCGAAGCGCGGCUCGAAUUUCCUGCAGCGGAUGAUGGACGUUCUUCGGGUGCUGCCGCCGUCGACGGAGAGCCGGGUCGAACGCGUCGUCACAGCGGGGCACCACCGCUCGCCGUUCCGCCGCGGCCGCCAGACGAGGAGGCAGAGAGGAUGGCUGAAAGCGUUCUUUCCACGGGGUCUUGCGACACCGACGAGCUCCUCAAUGCUCGGCCCAUCGGCGCCUCUCCACCGCAGGAGCACGAGGCCGCAGACGCCGUGGAAGGGGGCGGCGCGAGCAGAGCCGAAUCAUUCAGCCCGUUGCCGUCAGACCUGCCACAGCACGACAAGUUUCACGGUUGGUCGGGCAUCCAGGUGAGCCUGCUAGCAGGGCCGGCACAGUCGCCGGUUGAUGGUGAUGCGAAUCCCAUGAUUGCGGAAGUGUACCGUGCUGAAAAUGUUGCGGACUCUUCCGAAGAAGAGGCUCUGGGAAAGCCCGUUCCCCACGAGACUUCGUUGCACCUUAGCGAGCUUUCGUUGGGAACAAAGGUCACGAUCGGGUCAGCUUUAGGUGCCAACGCUGAUGCGACAAUUCAUGUUGAUUCAGGCGAGCCACGUUGGGUGAUCUGGACACCAGUUCCUCGGCACUCUGACGGCGAAGUCAAGCUUGCGCAUUCGAAUUUCAAACCGGAAGGUGAUUCUGCAAGCCCUGUCAUUUUAACUUGUCACAAACAAGAGACGCGCUCCUCCGAUUCACCAAGUCCCAUUCAGAGGGUGCCUCUGUCAGCCGGUGAAGAACCGCGGCUCGUGAACACAGAGCUCACGUGGUCGGGAGCUGGCAGUGACAAAGUAGGAUCAAGUCCAGGAUUCGAAAUCUCGAAGCCCCCGUCCUCCAAAUCUACCGACAAAUCCGUCCAGAAGUUAAACGUGCCCGACGACAAUCCGUCCAGUCAGCCAACCGCAGGGAAGAUUGACGCUGCGCUUGAACGCGAUGCGACACACCAGACGACAUCGAGCACCGACCAACGCAACAACCAUCAGCAGCACCACCACCAAGACAACAAAUCAGCAACAGCGGAGAGGACAGAAGGCAGGGCCAAAGGGCUGGCGACACGGGGGGCAGACGUGGCCUGCGGGAAGCCGGCGGGCGGCGACGGCGGUGACGAGAUGGCGGCGCGAGCCAUGGAGCUGGAGGAGCUGAGGCGCGAGCGGAAGAUGGUGCUGGCCACGCUGCUCUCGGCGGGGGGCGUCAGCCGUCGGCCACUCAGCGUCGAGCUGGCCGAGGCCAAACUCAACUACGCCCUGGGCGAGACGGACGCCAUGCUGCGCGCGCUGGACGACGGGCCCCCCUCCGAGCGGGCGACGCGGCCCCCAACGGCGUCGGAGGAGCUCCUGCGCAGGCACGCGAGCGUCAUCGAAGGGCUGCGCUGGGAGCGUGAGGAGCGCCUCCGCCGUUUCCGCCGCUCGCGGAGCCUGAGCCCCCGCAAGCCGAGCCCGCCGCUGGCGCUGCCUCGGCCCGUCACCGCGGAGACCCCGUCCGGCGGUCGCGGCUCCGACGGCGAUCGCGCCCAACGCUGGAGCCCGCCCACGAGGAUGCCGUCGCCGAUCCCUUGGCUGGGCGGCGCCAGCGGUGGCGGCCCCGGCGGCGGCGGUGGCGGCGACGGUGGUGACGAGAUGGUGCCGCGCCUUGAAGCCGAUGCCUACAGCUCAGCCUGCGGCGUGGCCGGCGGGCGAGGCUGGCGCCGAUCGUCGCGCGGCGCGGCCGAGGUGGAGCAGCUGCUGCGGGGCUACCAGCGCGCGCGCGACGAAGCCUGUGCCCAGAUGGAGCGCGCCCGCCACCGCCUCCGCGAACGCGCCCUGCAGGAACGCCGCCGGCUGAGCCACCACCGCGGCUCCACGCCCUCCGCCACGGAUCACCAUCGUGCGGUGCUUGCCGGCGCCGCCGACGUCAGCGCCAGCACCGCCAGCCUGUGCACCAGCUGCAGCCGCAGCCUCGCCUCACUGCCCACGUCCGGCUACAGCAGCCGCAGUCCCCCGCUGCAGUGCCGUGGCCUCGGCGUGGCGAGUACCCCAUCGCCAUGGCGACGGAGCUACGAGCGGCUGGCGCUGCCGACAUCGCCGCCGCCGCCGCCCACGGACGUUGCCGAAUACCAAGCGAUCGCUCGCGGCGUCCUGAGCACCACCAGGGCGGAGGUUCAGGCGGCAUCGGCCGGAGAUGUGGACUGCCUCCUGGAGGGAGUCGCCUCUGCAGGAUGGCAGCGGGCGAGCGUGGAGUCGGGCGUCCUCGUGUUCGUGAAGCCGCUGGCCUCGGCGACACGGUGGGGCUUCCUGGUGGCCGCUGUGGUGGCACGGCCGGCCGAUGCCGUGUGGGACUUGGUGCGCAACUCAGGACGGCGCAGUUUGUACGACGGGGGAGUGACGCGCGUCAGUGUCUGCCGGGACCUGGGUGACGGUUCCCAGCUCGUUCACAUUGUUCACGAUUCAUCCUCCUGCUACUUGAAGCAGCCGCGUGAUUUCUGUUGCCUGGCAGCUGAUUUCAAAGAGGAGAGCGGCUACGCGAAAGUGGCGCAGUCCGUGUACAACGAGGCGUUCCCCCUCCCAGCGCGUGAGAUGGUACGGGCCGAGCUGCUGCCCAGUGCGUGCUUCGUUCAGCCGUGCAGGAGGCAGGGCCAGGAGCUCACGAGGAUCAUCACCCUCACCCAGGUGGACUUGGGCGCUCCUGCUCUCCCUGCUCACGUCAUCAGCCUGGCAGCCAAAGAGCAAGCGUUGUGCAUCACCCGCCUGGCCAGGCUGCUCGGCUGUUAGUCCUGGGGUGGCACCAGAACCUUGUGGAAUACAUACCAAGAUGAACAAACAAAGACAAAGAUCUCCCAUAUAGCCUUAGCGGACUUUUGGGGCAAGUGCUGUUAGCGUGUCGCUCCUGUGAACGCUGACACGGCACACGAGGGGGUGGGUGGCCAGCAC